CAGUUUCCAGGCGCGAGUCUCCGUCAUGAGCGGCUCUGGCUGCUCAUUGCUGCGUGUUCGGGAUGAGCUCCUCCGGACCUCCGAAAAAGAAAAGCUACAUGGGACAGCACCAGAUCAAAAAGAAAACCAGUUUACAAAGUCCCGAUGAGCCUCCAGACGGAGACAGAGUGUUACAGAAACCGUGUAAUCUGUCAGACAAAGCAAACCCAUCUCACAACAACAGCCGAGACAACCGAGGGGAUGGAGGAGCCGUGUUUCUGCUCGGGGAGUCCACCAUAGCUCUUGACGAUGAGAUGCUGCAGGUACUCAGUGUUGUCGACCAAGGAAAGGCUGUCAGUCAUGACACAAACUCAAGAACAGAAACCAGCCCGAAAGCUUGCAACUCCGGAAAUUCACCAAAAAGAAAAAGCGAAGGCAAAAGUCGACCGAGUAAGCAUGGCGCAGCUCCACCUCUGGAUGUGUCGAGGGACUACAUCCUCUUCAGCCCCACGCGUGUCGCCGCUGCCAUGAAGAAGUCCAAACUCCAGCAGUCAUUACAGAAUCAGUCCACCUCUGUGCUCACAGUUCCCAGUGGCUUGGAGCUCAGCACUCUCGCCGACACACUACCUCAGGAAGGCACUGCCUUGUGUGCUCCUGUGGACCAAGCUGAAAAACUGCGGUUGUCCAGCUGGGGCUUACCGAAACCUGUCCUGGAAUGCUACCAGAAGCACGGAGUGACUCAGAUGUUUGAGUGGCAGGCUCAGUGUCUCGCCGUUGGACAGGUUCUGAAUGGGGGCAACCUGGUGUACUCAGCUCCCACCAGCGCCGGGAAAACUCUGGUGUCAGAGCUGCUGAUGCUGAAACGUGUGUUGGAGACCAAAAGAAAAGCUCUCUUCAUUCUGCCUUUUGUUUCUGUGGCUAAAGAGAAGAUGCAUUACCUCCAGAGCAUAUUUGAAGAAGCAGGUGUCCGUGUGGAAGGAUACAUGGGCAGCACGUCAGCAGCUGGAGGAUUCGCUGCUCUGGACGUGGCUGUUUGCACCAUAGAAAAAGCCAAUUCCCUCAUUAACAGACUCAUUGAAGAGGACAGUAUGAGUCUUUUAGGUAUGGUGGUGGUGGACGAGUUGCACAUGAUUGGAGACUCUGGAAGAGGAUACCUGCUGGAGCUGCUCUUAACCAAAAUCCGCUACAUUACACAGAAGCAGAACACCUCAGGGUCGCUCUCUGAGGGUGUGCAGGUUGUAGGUAUGAGUGCCACUUUGCCAAACCUCUCCCUCUUGGCCAGCUGGUUGGGCGCCGAGCUUUACCAGACCGACUACAGGCCUGUACCGCUGCACGAGCAUCUCAAGGUGGGCCGCAACAUCUAUGACAAGAGCCUCUCCGUUGUGCGGCAGUUCACUCCUGCACUCAGCGUUAAGGGCGACGACGACCACAUCGUGAGUUUGUGCUAUGAGACGGUGAGCGAGGGCCGCUCGGUGCUUUUGUUCUGCCCCUCAAAGAACUGGUGCGAGAAACUGGCGGACACCAUCGCGAGGGAGUUUUACCGUCUCAGAAACACUGAUCGUGACGGUGAAGCUGAACCUCAGCCAGUAUGUCUGCAACAGGAGGAACUCCUGGAUGUCGUAGCUCAGUUGAGAAGAACUCCAGCUGGUUUGGACCCCAUCCUGCAGCGCACUGUGCCGUGGGGCGUGGCCUUCCACCAUGCCGGUCUGACAUUUGAUGAGCGCGACGUGUUGGAGGGAGCUUUCCGUCAGGGAGCGAUCAGAGUCCUGGCCGCCACCUCCACUCUCUCUUCCGGGGUAAACCUUCCAGCGCGCAGGGUUAUCAUUCGAACACCAACAUUCAACGGACACUUGUUGGAUCCUCUCACAUACAAGCAGAUGGCCGGACGAGCUGGAAGAAAAGGAGUAGACACUACAGGUGAAAGUGUGCUGGUGUGCAAAGAGGUAGAGCGUCAGAAAGGUAUUAGUCUCCUUAAUGGCACGCUUCAGCCAAUCAGCAGCUGCCUGGUGAAGCGGGAAGGCGAAGGUGUUACCACCAGCAUGCUACGGGCCAUUCUGGAGAUAAUUGUUGGAGGCGUAGCCAGCUCUCCUCAGGAUGUGAGAUUGUACGCUUCAUGUUCACUUCUGGCCGCCAGCAUGAAACACGAGAGCAAGAACAAGUCUAAUGAAGAAUCCAACAAAGGAGCAAUAGAGGCCUGUGUUGAAUGGCUGAUGGAGAAUGAAUUCAUUAGCAUACAGAAGGAUGGAGCAGAUGAGCGAUACUGUCCAACGCAGCUCGGAGCUGCCACCCUUUCAUCCUCCCUCUCCCCUCCGGAGGCUCUGGGAAUAUUUGCUGAUCUUCAGCGGGCAAUGAAGGGCUUUGUUCUAGAGAAUGACUUGCACAUCCUCUACCUGAUCACUCCGUUGUACGCAGAGUGGACUACCAUCGACUGGUAUCAGUUUUUCUGUCUGUGGGAACAGCUGUCUUCAUCCAUGAAGAGAGUAGCAGAGCUGGUCGGCGUCCAGGAAGGCUUUCUUGCUCGAUCUGUCAACGGCAAACUUGUUGCCAAGACAGAAAAGCAGCACCGACAGAUGGCAAUUCACAAACGAUUUUUCACCACUCUUGUGCUGCAGGAUCUAGUUAAGGAAGUUCCUUUAGGAACUGUUGCAUCAAAAUACAACUGCAACCGUGGGCAGUUACAGUCUCUGCAGCAGUCUGCCUCCACAUACGCAGGUAUGGUGACGGUUUUCUGCAAACGCCUCGGCUGGCACAACAUGGAGCUGCUGUUGUCUCAGUAUCAGACUCGGCUGAGCUUCGGAGUCCAGAGAGAGCUGGUCGACCUGGUGAGGGUUUCCCUUCUGAACGCGACAAGAGCUCGAGCGCUCUACGCACAAGGCCUGUGUACCGUGGCCGAACUCGCCAGGGCUGCUGUCACCGAUGUGGAGAAAGCCUUGAGGAAUGCAGUCCCAUUUAAAAGCUCGAAGCGUGCGGUGGAUGAGAGUGAGAUGGAGGCGGCGGAGAGACGGCGCCUCCGUUGCGUCUGGGUCACCGGUGGACGGCCUCUGACCGAGCAGGAAGCGGCCGUCCAGAUCGUGUCUGAAGCGAGGCUCCUCCUUCAAGAGGACUUGGCCCAGCUGGGGAUUCAGUGGGAUCCAGCGACGCUUCCUCCUCCUGUCUCUGCAGUAAACCGCCCUGAUGACCACUCGGACGCCUCGUCCUCCUCACACAGUUUCAACAGGAGUAGCAGUUUCUUGUUCGACAGUCUAUACGACAGCCCUUUGCUGGAAAGUCUGAGCCCACGACAGAUCCCCGACCAUUUGGACGAAGAGGUUUCUGUCAGGCAGGAUGUCAGAGAUGAACACCCUCUCCCAUCAACCCCGGAGAGACGACGCAGCAAACUCCUCGCCAACCAGGAAGCGGAGAAGCAAGAAGCAAUCCAGUGGGGGGAGUCGUCUUUUAACCUGUCGGAGUGGGGCGACUCGCUGCUGGUCGGGGAACACUUCCUGGAGUGGAAAAGUUCUUCCAGACACAAAGAAAGAAGCGAAAGCGACCAAGACUCCGGUUCACGAGAACCGCAACAACCAAACACAGAUCCUGUUUUGUGUAAUGAAGAACAGUCACAUCCACGAACUGAAUCCUGUGAAGCACAACCUCGGCUCACUACCGCUGCCAAAACUCAGGAUGAGUCCGGUGGGAUAGAUGGCCAUAAGAAAACAACUACAAAGAAUAACUGUGCACAAAAAGACACAACCUCUUGUGAGAGGAAUGGAAUUCCAUAUGAAAAUGGUGAUUCUGGGAACCGGGCAGAUAAACGAAGUGAUGAUAAAGAGGCAGAAAAGAAAGUUGUUUUCUCGUCAGAUAAUGGAGCUCAGCCUGGUAGUGCUCCUUAUUGCAGCCCUGGUCUGCAGGAUAUUUUUGAUCAUUGGCCCAGUAUGUCCGACCCGUCCUGGCAAAGUAAAACGGAAGACCCCGCAGCUGCUGCAAACACAGCGGGUGCUGCAACAACGCCAAACUCCCCGACAUCAGUAGGCAGAACAAAGUUUGACCUGCUGCAACCUACCGCUGCAGACAACCCAGAAAAGAGGGAACCCUCAAGCAAAAACAUAGCAGAGAGACCGGGCUCUGCCGCUGAUCUCAUUCCUCCAACUCAAGAAACUCCGUCUGUGACGCCAAGAGUCAAACUGACGACCUCGUCUAUCCACUCACCUCGCACUGCUGCGCCAUCCUCAAGAUCUGUUCAAGAAAAGUCAGCAGUCACAAAAUGCCUGAAAUACAACUCAGAAAACAUUCAUAUUCCAUCAGGAAUUGCUUCUGACAAAAAACAUCAAAAUUCUCCACCUGAUCACCACAACAACCCCAAAACAGUGUCUGUAUCUGAACAGAUUUCCUGUUUGAAACCGGAGCAGCGCUCAGUCCAGAACCCCAGUCCUCCCACAGACUCUGCUUCUCCACCCUCCCCCCGGCCAGAACCUGCCUCGGAGUCGCCUUUGUUGAACGAAAGCUUCGGUCUGCAGCUGUCCCAGGAUGCAUCACUUUGUCUGAGCAGCGCUGGGACCUUCUCUAUCAUAGACGUCGCAAGUGACGGGCGUUUAUUCGACACUUUUAUUAAAGAGUGGAAAACAAAGGAGCGCUACUCUCUGGCUUUAGCCUGUGAGAAGAUGGAACACAGACAGCUGCCUGAGAGGGAAAUAGGAGUGAAACACAGGAAAGAUCUGCAGAAGCUUAACACCGCCAAUGGUUUUCCAGUGAGAGGCAGGGAAGACGUUGUGUUAAUUGGACUGUCUGUCUGCUGGGGAGCAAGAGAUGCUUACUACGUAUCUCUGCAGGAGGAGCAAAGCAGGGGUCUCAGCGCCAGCCUGGCGCCUCCUCCGCUUGAUGUCAGUCUGCCGGUGAGCGAGAGGCUGCAGCAGGCGAAGGCCUGUCUGAGCAGGCAGUCGGGGGAUGGCGCCAUGCGCGUUUUAGUAGCACAUGAUAUCAUCCAGGUGUACAAGACACUGGUGCUGAGCUGUGGCAUCAGCUUGGAUGGGAAUUGUGAAGACCCAAAGGUUGCCAGCUGGCUGCUGGAUCCUGGAAGUGAGGAAAGGACUCUGCCCAACAUGGUGACUGUCUAUUGUCCUGAAGAAUUACCUCUGUUGGACGGACUGGGAAAUGCACAUUCACACUGUCCUCGUGUUCGAGCAGCAACCGAGAGCGUUCUCGUUUUCGCCGUCAUGAACCAUCUCACCGGCCUGCUGGAGACAGACGGGACGCUCAAUUUAUUCAGACACAUAGAGAUGCCUUCUCAAGUGUGUUUGGCCCUGUUGGAACUGAACGGCGUCGGCUUCAGCGUUCAGGAGUGUGAGAGACAGAAACAUGUGAUGCAGGCCAAACUCUCCACGCUGGAGUCUGAAGCCUACAGCCUGGCCGGACACAGCUUUUCUCUCACCAGCGUAGAUGACAUCGCUCAGGUGUUGUUCCUGGAGCUUCACCUGCCUCCAAAUGGCGACGUCGGGGCAUCUAAAAGUAAGAAGACUCUGGGCUACACCAGGAGAGGCGGAGGCAGAGUACGACUUGGAAAACAGUUCAGCACCACAAAGGAUGUUCUGGAGAAGCUCCGCCCGCUACACCCGCUGCCGGCCGUGAUUCUGGAGUGGAGACGGAUCACGAACGCCCUCACUAAAGUGGUGUUCCCCCUGCAGAGGGAGAAGCAAUAUCACGCAGCGCUGGAGAUGGACAGAAUAUACCCCGUCGCCCAGACACACACAGCCACAGGUAGAGUGAGCUUCACUGAGCCCAACAUCCAGAAUGUCCCCAAAGACUUUGAGAUUUCCAUGCCUACAGUGGUGGGUGAGAGUCCGCCUUCACAGGAUUCCUGCUCUGUGGCCAGAAAGCCAGGAAAGAAGAGACGCUCUACGGCGCCCUCAGUCACAGCUAGACCUGCAGAGCGAGGCCCCGCCUUCUCUGUCAGCAUGAGACACGCCUUCAUUCCUUUUUCAGGUGGAAUGAUUCUGGCAGCAGAUUACUCCCAGCUGGAGUUGAGAGUGUUGGCUCACCUCUCUAAAGACCAGCGCCUCCUCCAGGUGCUGAACGGAGGAACAGACGUGUUUCGCUGCAUCGCUGCGGAGUGGAAGAGUGUUGACCCCGAGUCAGUGCAGGACAGCCUGAGGCAGCAGGCCAAGCAGAUUUGCUACGGCAUCAUUUACGGGAUGGGAGCCAAGUCUUUGGGGGAGCAAAUGGGAGUGGAGGAGAACGACGCUGCCUGCUACAUUGAAAGUUUUAAGGCCAGAUACAAAGGGAUCAACGCUUUUCUGAAACAAACGGUGAAAAACUGUGCAAAGGACGGCUAUGUCCAGACGCUGAUGGGCCGACGGAGAUAUUUAGCUGGAAUAACCAGCACCAACGUGCACGUCAAAGCUCACGCGGAGCGACAGGCAGUGAACACGACUGUUCAGGGAUCGGCCGCGGACAUCGUCAAACUCGCCACAAUUAACAUCCAGAAACGACUGAGAAAAACCUAUCCUGCCGCUCCACUGUCCCACGAGCACAUGAGCGCAGGCCGCAGUAAGAGCAGAACUGGAACGUCUCGGCACAGAGGAGCCUAUUUUGUGCUGCAGCUGCACGAUGAACUGAUUUAUGAAACCACAGAAGAAGACCUGAUCCCGGUUGCGCAGAUCGUGAAGAGAGAGAUGGAGUCAGCAGUGAAACUGUACGUGAAGCUAAAAGCCAAAGUCAAGGUGGGACCCAGCUGGGGCGACCUGCAGGACCUGGAUAUAUGAAGCCCGAGUUUUAAAUCUUUCACCAUGAAAUCAAAUACUGUGCAAUGUUCUGCGAUGUUUGCACUUUUUUAACAAUGAAAUGCAGUCUAAAUGAGCUACUGAAUGUA